AUGGCGCACCGCUGCCUGCGGCUGUGGGGCCGGGGCGGCUGCUGGCCCCGCGGCCUGCCACCGCUGCUCGUGCCUGGCGGCCGCAUGGGCCCCACCGAGCGGUCCUACCUCCGCACGCUUUGUCGAUAUGCUACAACCCAAGCAACAACCAGCAGAAAUUCUCUCUUGACAGAUGUAAUUGCUGCUUAUCAAAGAUUCUGUUCUCGACCUCCAAAAGGAUUUGAAAAAUACUUUCCUAAUGGAAAAAAUGGGAAAAAAGCUAGUGAAACUAAAGAAGUUGUGGGAGAAAAAAAAGAAUCAAAGCCAGCUGCUACCCCGCGCCCUUCCGGAGGAGGAGUUGGUGGCAGUGGAAAACGAGGUGGCAAGAAAGAUGAUUCUCACUGGUGGUCCAGAUUCCAGAAGGGUGAUUUUCCAUGGGAUGACAAGGAAUUCCGGAUGUACUUUCUCUGGACUGCUCUGUUUUGGGGUGGAGUCAUGUUUUACUUCCUGUUCAAGAGCUCCGGGAGAGAAAUCACUUGGAAGGACUUUGUCAAUAACUAUCUUUCCAAAGGAGUAGUAGACAGACUGGAAGUCGUCAACAAGCGUUUUGUUCGAGUGACUUUUAUACCAGGAAAAACUCCUGUUGAUGGGCAAUACGUCUGGUUUAAUAUUGGCAGUGUGGACACCUUUGAGCGGAAUCUGGAAACUUUACAGCAGGAAUUGGGCAUAGAAGGGGAGAAUCGGGUUCCUGUCGUCUACAUUGCUGAAAGUGACGGCUCGUUUCUCCUGAGCAUGUUGCCCACGGUGCUUAUCAUCGCUUUCUUACUGUACACCAUACGGAGAGGGCCCGCCGGCAUUGGCCGGACAGGCCGGGGGAUGGGUGGACUCUUCAGUGUUGGAGAAACCACUGCCAAAGUCUUGAAGGAUGAGAUAGAUGUGAAGUUCAAAGAUGUGGCUGGCUGUGAGGAGGCCAAGCUAGAAAUAAUGGAAUUUGUGAAUUUCUUGAAAAACCCAAAGCAGUAUCAAGACCUAGGAGCAAAAAUCCCAAAGGGUGCCAUUCUCACUGGUCCUCCAGGCACUGGGAAAACACUGCUAGCUAAGGCCACAGCUGGAGAAGCCAACGUCCCUUUCAUCACUGUUAGUGGCUCUGAGUUUUUGGAGAUGUUUGUUGGUGUGGGUCCAGCUAGAGUCCGAGACUUAUUUGCCCUUGCUCGGAAGAAUGCCCCUUGCAUUCUCUUCAUUGAUGAAAUAGAUGCCGUGGGAAGGAAGAGAGGAAGAGGCAACUUUGGAGGGCAGAGUGAACAGGAGAAUACACUCAAUCAGCUGCUUGUGGAGAUGGAUGGUUUUAACACAACAACAAACGUCGUCAUUUUGGCGGGCACCAAUCGACCAGAUAUUCUAGACCCGGCACUGAUGAGGCCAGGGCGUUUCGAUAGGCAGAUAUUUAUUGGACCACCGGACAUAAAAGGAAGAGCCUCUAUUUUCAAAGUUCACCUCAGACCAUUGAAGCUGGACAGUGCCCUGGAAAAGGAGAAGCUGGCAAGAAAACUUGCCUCCUUAACUCCAGGGUUUUCAGGGGCUGAUGUUGCUAAUGUCUGUAAUGAAGCGGCUCUGAUUGCUGCAAGACACCUUUCAGAUUCCAUAAAUCAGAAACACUUUGAACAAGCAAUUGAGCGGGUGAUUGGUGGCUUAGAGAAAAAAACCCAGGUUCUGCAGCCCGAGGAGAAGAAGACCGUGGCGUACCAUGAGGCAGGUCACGCGGUUGCCGGGUGGUAUCUGGAACACGCAGACCCACUCUUAAAGGUCUCCAUCAUCCCACGGGGCAAAGGACUAGGUUAUGCUCAGUAUUUACCCAAAGAGCAAUACUUAUACACCAAAGAGCAGCUCUUGGACAGGAUGUGCAUGACUCUGGGUGGCCGAGUGUCAGAGGAAAUCUUCUUUGGAAGAAUUACAACUGGUGCUCAAGAUGAUUUGCGAAAAGUAACUCAGAGUGCAUAUGCUCAAAUUGUUCAGUUUGGCAUGAACGAAAAGGUCGGGCAAAUCUCCUUUGACCUCCCACGUCAGGGUGAUAUGGUUUUAGAGAAACCUUAUAGUGAAGCUACCGCAAGACUGAUAGAUGAUGAGGUGCGAAUACUUAUUAACGAUGCUUAUAAAAGAACAGUGGCUCUUCUCACGGAAAAGAAAGCUGAUGUGGAGAAGGUUGCUCUUCUAUUAUUAGAAAAAGAAGUAUUAGAUAAGAAUGACAUGGUUGAACUUUUGGGCCCCAGACCGUUUGCAGAAAAAUCUACCUAUGAAGAAUUUGUGGAAGGCACUGGAAGCUUGGAUGAGGACACUUCGCUUCCAGAGGGCCUUAAAGACUGGAACAAAGAACGGGAAAAGGAGAAAGAGGAGCCCCGGGAUGAGAAAAUCGCCAACCAGAUCCGAGGAGGGAGGCCAUUUUAG